AUGGACGUUUCGGCGAUGAAAGCGCGGAGUUUUUUAGGUUUUAUGAGCAUUCGAUCGGGGUUGAUCGUUGUCGCGUUUUUGCAAAUAAUUGUCGGCGUUUUCCUGUUUAUGUCGUUCAAAUUCAUCCGACCAACGCUCAUUGUUCCUGCUUGGUUUCUGUUGUUGACGAAUUGUUUCAGCGCUCUACUCGGCUUCAUCUUCCUCGUCCUCGUCGUCCUCACAUUUUCUGAUACCGUUGAACUGCUGCCUGCUGCGCCUAGAGGAGCGGCUAACACAGGUUUCAGACAGUUUGACGUGGAUGCACAUUACCGUGCGAGGGCUCGAGCUGCAUUUAAUCGUCUUCGUUUAAAUCCUGUCUUUUCAAGAGUUCUGCAAAAUGUUCGAUUAGAAGAGCCGUUGGAUUUAAUUGACUUUCAUCUGCCGCAGCAAUUAGAGAUACCCCAAUUAGAAAUUCCUGAUUAUCAACAUAUGCCUUUCGUUCCGCAUGCAAAUCAAACGGCGGGAGAAAACGGCGAAGUUUCUGUAGGCGAGCUGCCACCAGAGUGA